AUGAGCGAAGAAAAGCCGAUGGGUUUAAUAAAACAAGCUGUGAUACAAAUCGGAGCUGGUGGAUCAGCUGGCUUUGUUGAAGUUUGUGCGAUGCAUCCGAUGGAUAUUAUUAAAACGCGGUUGCAAUUGCAAGUUAAGACCGCUGAAGUUAAUCCUUUGUACUACACAGGUAUCCGUGAUUGUAUGAAAAAAAUGUAUCAUAAUGAAGGUCUAGGUGCAUUUUGGAAGGGAAUUUUACCACCAAUUAUUGCUGAAACUCCCAAGAGAGCUUUAAAAUUUUUUACCUUUGAACAGUACAAACAAUUAUUUACUUCUCGUUCAGAUUUACCAAUUCCUGUGAUUCUAGCAUUAGCGGGUUUUUGUGCUGGAAUAACAGAAGGCUUGGUAGUAAAUCCAUUCGAGGUGGUAAAAGUCCACUUGCAGUCAAACCGCUCUCAAAUAAAGCUCUGUCCCAGUACCUUAGCGGUCACCAGAAAAAUAGUCCAGGAGAGCGGUCUAGGUCUGACAGGACUGAAUCGCGGACUCUCUGCUACAGCGCUCCGAAAUGGAAUUUUUAAUUGUUGCUAUUUUGGGUUUUAUCACUCGGCUAAAGGGUAUAUUCCUGUAGGAUUAGGUUUCACAGCCGGUACCUUGGCAUCUUGUAUGAAUAUUCCAUUCGACGUCGCCAAAAGCCGAAUUCAAGGUCCUCAAAAUAAAGUCACGUACAAAGGAACUUUUAAGACCUUGAGAAUUGUUUAUCAACAAGAAGGAUUUGCAGCAUUGUACAAAGGACUGGUACCUAAAAUACUAAGACUGGGACCUGGAGGAGCCAUAAUGCUCAUAGUUUACGAGUACAUGCAUUCCUUCUUGACGGAAAAACUCAAAAGCUGA